CCCCCUCACUCCUCAAAUCUGUUCUCUUCCACAAAUCCACUGCUUGUGGCUGUAGACACUCCCUUUCUUUUUCGGGCUCUGAUCAAAAACCCAUCUCCCAUUUUCUUCUCUCUCUCUCUCUCUCUCUCUCUCUUCUCUCAUAAGUUCUCUGCCACACCGAGAUCAAACGGUUUAUGAAGCCAGGUAGUUCCAAACCUAUGGGAGAAUAUGAUAUGCAGACGGUCCCCUUGGACUCUGCUACCGAAGAUUUAGGAAGACGGAGAAUGCAGAAGAAGAAAUCGGUUAAUGGUUGGUCUUCCAAGGAGCGAUCUCAAAGUGAAGAAGUUCUUCAACAUGCUUCAAAAUCUUUAGUCUCCCAAGCCAAGCCUAGCUGCCCUAUCUGCUUGCAGGGCCGUAGCUGUCAAGUAGUUCGUGCAAGAACAAAGCGAAUGGGAGCUUUGAUUGAUGAUAAAAAGCCUCAUGAAGCACAGUCUAUUUUCAAUGGCCUAGUGGAAGAUGGACAUAAGCCAUCGUUAGUAACAUAUACUACGCUAUUAACUGCCCUCACCAAUCAAAAGCAGUUCAAUUCAAUUCCAUCCCUCCUAUCUCAAGUCGAAGAAAAUGGGUUGAAGCCUGACUCAAUCUUCUUCAAUGCUAUAAUAAAUGCUUUUUCUGAAGCUGGAAAGAUCGAUGAAGCCAUGAAAAUUUUCUGGAAAAUGGCUGAAAGUGGAUGUAAACCAACAACCAGUACUUUCAACACUCUCAUUAAAGGAUACGGUAUCGCGGGUAAGCCUGAAGAAUCGCAGAAGCUCCUUGAUAUGAUGUCUCGUGAAGCAAAGGCAAGGCCAAGUCAGAAAACAUACAAUAUAUUGAUUAAAGCAUGGUGCGAUCAGAAAAACUUUAGUGAAGCUUGGAAUGCAGUGUAUAAGAUGUGUGCUUCUGGCAUGAGACCUGAUGUUGUCACGUAUAAUACUAUAGCAAGAGCUUAUGCUGAAAAUGGAGAAACAAAGAGAGCUGAGGAUAUGGUCCUUGAGAUGGAGAAUGAACUAAGGCCAAAUGAACGCACUUUGGCUAUUAUAGUCAGAGGUUACUGCAAAGAAGGUAAAAUAGAAAAUGCAUUGAGGUGUGUGAAUCAGAUGAAAGAUAUGGGCGUGCGACCAAAUGUCAUUGUCUUCAAUACUUUGAUCAAGGGAUUUCUAGAUGUUGAAGAUAUGGGAGGAGUUGAUGAAGUUUUGGCAUUGAUGAAAAAGCUAAGAGUAAAGCCAGAUGUUGUGACAUACAGCCAUCAAAUGAAUGCAUGGAGUGCAAUGGGUCUAAUGACAAGAUGCAUGGAGAUUUUUGACACCAUGCUUGAAUCUGGCAUUAAACCUGAUGCUCAAGUAUUCAGCAUUCUUGCAAAAGGCUAUGUACGAGCUCGAGAACCAGACAAAGCGGAAGCUCUUUUAACAGCCAUGGAAGAAUCUAGAAUCCCCCCAAAUGUUGUGACAUUCACAACUCUAAUCAGUGGAUGGUGCAGUGCUGCCAACAUGGAAAAUGCAAUGAGAGUCUACGAAAAAAUGAAAGCAUGUGGGAUUUCGCCGAACGUAAAGACAUUUGAGACUCUUAUAUGGGGUUAUGGAGAAGUUAAGCAACCAUGGAAAGCUGAAGAGAUGCUUGAAACAAUGAAGGAAAGUGGAGUUACACCAAAGAAUAAUUGUGUUCAUCUUGUUGCUGAUGCCUGGAGAGCUGUUGGGCUUGAGCAUGAGGCUCGACGAGUUCUUGGAAUUGUAGAUGAUGAGGAGGAAGAUUAUGAAAAGGAUAUUCAUAACGGUAGUCCAGUUGAAAGCUUGGAGUUUAAUCGAGGAUGGAACUCGAGGCUUCAGGUUCCGAGUUCUCUUGCUGACUCACCACCUGAUAAUCUUAGAGCUGUUAAUAAAUCAUCCACGAGUGUUAUUGGCUCGUUGAGGUUCAAAGCGAAGCCCCCUUUUGUUUGUUGGAAGCAAUAUAAGAUGCAACAUGGGAUAUAUGGGCAGGUUGUGAACUCAUGCAAGGUUGUUUUUCUCAGCUGAGAGAAAAACUCAGCUUCAAAUUGUACUUUUUGCGCAUUAUAGUUCCUGUACAAAAUACUCAAUUUCCUUGAGAGUCUGCCGAGAUGUCUCAAAUGUACAGGUCGUUUAAAAUCAAUUGACCAGUGAAUUGCUAUCUUCAUACUUUUA